AUGAAGGAUUUGAAAGAUUGGUGGGCUGUCGUCAAGACGAAGCCAAGGGGUGUAUAUGAUCUACGACAAUGUGUUACUGAAGAAGAUGAUGAUGAGGAUGAAGAGGACCAAUUCUUUCAAGAAAGUGAAGCGACUUUACCUUCUACAAGUAGCGGUGCAAAUGAGAGAGAAGAGGAUGAAGAAGUUGAUGAUAACUUGGAUGAUUCAUCCGAAGAUGAUAUUGAAGAUGAAGACAACAUAUGUGAUGAUAAUUCUGAUGAUGAGUAA